AUGGAAAAUUUCGACGAUUUUGAGAAAAAGAGUUAUCAGGAAGGAGUUGAAAUUAAAUAUGGAUUUGCUGAUUAUUUUUCAUAUUUCUCAAAAAUGUUUAUAUUUUUUGUUAAAAUUACUUUUGUUAUGACACAAGAAAUAUUUGAAAAAAUCUUUUAUGGAACGAAAGUAAAAAAUAUUCACGGGCAAUUGGCAUUGGUUACAGGUGGCGCAAAUGGUUUAGGACGAGCGACGUCAUUCCGUUUAGCACAAGAAGGCUGCAAUGUGAUCAUUGUUGACAUAAACGAAGAAGAAGCUAUUCGAACAGCAGCAGCAAUAAGUGAAAGAUAUGGCGUAAAAACUAAAGCUUAUAAGGUUGACGUAUCGAACUUUGACGCGUUUCAAGAGUUAAAACAGAACAUCUCAAGGGAUUUCGAUGGGCAAACUAUUGACAUAUUAAUUAAUAACGCUGGAAUAUUGUCGGCAAUUUCAUUAAACGAAGGUCAACAUACUCAAAUACAAAAAGUUAUUGAUGUUAAUCUGACGUCACAUUUUUGGAGUGUAAGAACAUUCUUGCAAGACAUGAUUGACAAGAAGAGAGGACACAUCGUCGGCAUAGCUUCCAUGGGAGCAAAGGUGAGUUUCCCACUUGCAAUUUCAUAUUGUGCUACAAAAUCUGGGCUUGAUGGUUUUUACCGAGCACUUCAAGAUGAACUCUGUGUCGAAGAUCAUGAUGAGUAUAUCAAAUUGACGUGUGUUUACCCAUCAUUCAUCAAUACACGAAAAGAAUUAACUGAUAUUUUGGAUCAAAUGGAAGGAGUUGGACCUCGAAUGUCUCCAUCCUAUGUGGCAAAUGAAAUUGUAGAAGCAAUCAAAAAGGAGAAAAUUAGUUUGGUUCUUCCUCUUUCAGCGUGGCUUUUAUUGGUCUCAAACUUUUUGACACCCAAAGCAAUGAAAUUAGCAAAAGUUCAGUGGGUUCCAGUUAAACGGCUUAAGAAGAAGGAUUGA